ACUUAUUAUCAUCUCUCUCUCUCUCUCUCUGCUUUUCCCUAUCAUCUCCCUUCCAUAAUUCUCUUUCUUAUUGUCAAUUCUUCCUUUUUCUCACUUCAAUUAAUUCUCCGUAGCCAUGGCUGAGGUGGAACCCAAGCAGGUGGAGCCCGAGGAGCAAACCCCGCCUCCGCCGGCUCCGGCGCCGGCGCCGGAGCCCAAACCCGCCGAAGCUCCGAAAGACGCAGCUGAAGAGAAAGCUAUCGUCGUCCCCGCCCCUCCUGAAGAGGAAAAAGAGAAGGAGAAACCCGAUGACUCCAAAGCUCUCGUCGUCGUCGAGAACAAACCAGCUGAGGCAGAACCCUGUGAGGAGAAAAAGGAGGGAGGAUCUAUUGAUAGAGAUGUAGUGCUUGCACGAGUGGCAACAGAGAAGAAGCAUUCGCUAAUCAGAGCGUGGGAAGAGAGCGAGAAAUCGAAAGCUGAGAACAAAGCUCAAAAGAAGCUAUCUGAAAUUAGUUCAUGGGAAAACAAGAAGAAAGCAACCAUAGAAGCUGAGCUGAAAAAGAUUGAGGAGAAAUUGGAGGUACAGAAGGCAGAAUAUGCUGAGAAAAUGAAAAACAAGAUUGCUAUGCUCCACAAGGAAGCCGAGGAAAAGAGGGCUAUGAUUGAAGCUAAACGUGGAGAAGAUCUUCUCAAGGCGGAGGAGUUGUCAGCAAAAUACCGUGCCACUGGAACUGUUCCAACAAAAUCAUGCGGGUGCUUCUGAAGCCUCAAGUUAUUGUCAGGUCUAUUCCGAAAACCAUUGAAAUUGUAUUUGUAAAGUUCGUGUCUUGGGGACUUAUGUAUGUUACCUAGAAGCAUCGUGUGUGUAGAAACGAUUGUUGUUCAUUAUUAAUGUGUGCAUAGUGAUGUAUUUGUGAGUAUAUAUCAGAUAAAACCGAUAUGCUAUAAUCUUAAGAAACAAGUUUGAAAGACAUAUAUGUUGUCUCAGAAAGUUUUUAACUUUGUGAAAUACUUUUUCUCUUCAUUCAAAUGUGUAACAGUGUAAGAUUAACAAUGACAGCAGAUGCUGCAAGAUUCCA